UGAUCUUAUGACGUUUCUAAAAAAAGUUUAACGACGAAAAGAAAGACGGACGACGAAUGAAUUGGAAUUAAAAUGAAGAAUAAUUACAAUCUGUUUAUGUUUCUGUGUUUAAUAACAUGAUUUAAAGUGUAUAAUGAAGAAAAGUGGCAGAGCUUAUCUCAAGUUAUAUUCUACUUACUUUCUACCUUAAAAUAAACCCGUACAAAUGAGUAAUAAGAUGGAAGACCGCCGUGUGGCGGAUUACUUCGUGGUGGCCGGGCUGCCGGAGGUGCCCGAAACCCUGGAUGAUUCUGACACAGGACAUCUCAAGGCCUACACCACUAAGGCACCCAUUACCGAUAUUGGUAUAAUAUUCCCGAGCCUCGGCGAGACGGUGCCGAGCGGCUUCGAGACGGUGGACCUGACGCCGUCGGGGCUGCCGGCCGACCUCAACCACGGCUCCAUGCGCUCGCCCGAGUGCUUCCUGUGCAUCCGCCGUGGUCGGGAUCGCCCGCCGCUCGUCGAUAUAGGUGUAAUGUACGAGGGCAAAGAACGCCUCAUGACGGACGCAGAAAUGGUCCUGUCCACGGUCGGCGGCCGUCUGGCCAACGUCAACAACUCUACGGCUAAAACCUUCAUAACGUACCGUCGCGCGCACACACACGCACCGUGUAAUGCGUUAGUGGUCGUCGAUGUGUGCGUGAUCAUAGUGAGCAAGGGGGAGACGCCGCCGCAUGCCUUCUGUGUGAUACCGAAGAAUUUGAAUAAGGGUCUAAUGGGCAGCGAUGUUUUCCUGUGUUACAAGAAGUCAAUGAACCGGCCACCCAUCAUACCGUACAAGCCAGAAGUACUAUUUAGAUACCCAACAACGGACCGUCGCAGCCUGGCCUUCCCCACGUCCGUCCCUCUGUUCUGCCUGCCCAUGGGAGCCACGCUCGAGAUGUGGCCCAUCGCCGCCGCCGCGCCGAGGCCCGUGUUCUCUACGUUUGUGCUUACUGUCGCCGACGCCACGGAUAAAGUAUACGGCUCAGCAAUAACCUUCUACGAGUCGUACCCCCACACUCGGCUAGACGAUCACCAGAUGGAGGAGCUGGGCUGGCGGCGCGGGGUGUCCCACGCCACGCACUCGCUGCACGUCAACAAGACCAUCUGCCUGCUGUCGCGGUGGCCCUUCAGCGAUACUUUUGAACGAUGGUUGAUGUAUAUAUGGGAAAUGUCGUUAAGCAAAACGCCUUUAAAUAUACCGGUGGAGCGCUACAUCACACAUUUACUCGAAGAAGUACCUUUUCCAGAACCUAGAAUACUAUUACAGCUAUCGCCAACGAACUCCCACAACCGCGUGAUAGUGACGCGUCGCGACGAGCAGCCGUUGGCGCGUAGCGGCGCCGGCUUUAGACAACUGCUGCUGAACCUGGGCCCCGACCACUGCCUGCUGCUGUUAGCACUAGCCAUCACCGAGCAGAAGAUACUUAUACACUCGCUCAGGCCCGACACACUGACUGCAGUUGCGGAAGCGGUCACAAGUUUUCUUUUCCCGUUCAAAUGGCAGUGUCCCUACAUACCUCUAUGUCCAUUAGGUUUAGCGGAAGUACUACACGCGCCUCUCCCGUACCUGAUCGGAGUGGACUCGCGCUUCUUCGACCUGUUCGAGCCGCCGCCCGACGUUACGUGCGUCGAUCUGGACACCAAUAAUAUUACUGUAUGCGAAUCCCAAAAGCACAUAUCCAUCAAGCUCCUGCCCAAGCGGAGCGCGCGAGUCCUGAAGCAGACUCUAGAAGCGUUGUACAGUGCGUGCCGAGCCACCAUGGCCUCCGCGCCUAGUUCUACUGAUAAAUACAAUGGGGAAACUACCACUACGCUCGAUAGAGACUUCCAGAGGAGGAAUAAAGAGCAAGCGCUCGAGCUGAAGAUCCAAGAAGCCUUCCUGCGCUUCAUGGCGGUGACGCUGGCGGGGUACCGCGGCCACCUGCUGCCCAUCACCAAGGCGCCCACCGCCGGCACCACCGACCCGCACGCGCUCUUCCACAUGGACGCCUUCCGCGCCUCUAGAGACAAGACGCACCAGAAGUUCUACGCGCUGAUGAUGAGAACGCAGAUGUUCACGCGGUUCAUCGAGGAGAGAUCUUUCGUCUGCGAUGAUGAACAGGGUCUGCCAUUCUUCGACGAGUGCACGGAGAAGGUGCUGGCGGGCGAGGAGGCGCUACUCGGCACGGAGCCGGGCGCGGCGGCCGAGCGGACCGUGUUCGUGCUGCCCCCCGACCCGCCGCACCCAGGUCUAUAUCAUCAUCAGCCAGUGCUGGCGGGCGAGGAGGCUCUACUCGGCACGGAGCCGGGCGCGGCCGCCGAGCGGACCGUGUUCGUGCUGCCCCCGGACCCGCCGCACCCAGGUCUAUACAAUAUUGAAGGCGAGUGCACGGAGAAGGUGCUGGCGGGCGAGGAGGCUCUACUGGGCACGGAGCCGGGCGCGGCCGCCGAGCGGACCGUGUUCGUGCUGCCCCCGGACCCGCCGCACCCAGGAACAACAUACACCUACACUCGCUUCGAGCUCAACCCUGACCUCAUGACGACGGGCGGCGGCGGCGGUGGCGGCGCUCAGCUGAUGUCCACCGCUGUGGCUGCCUCGGCGGAUUCCCUGGCUGAUGCUGAACCCAUGGCCAAGAGGACUAGACAUGAGGCGAAUAUAGCUAUGAGAGUGGCGCGCAAAGCAUCAGCCUCCCCGGAAGCGUGGGCCGCCUGCCUGCUCGGCGCGUGCUACUCCAUCCACUUCCUGUCGCUGGCGAGCCGCGUGGCCCUCGCAGCCGGCCGCGAGCGCACCACCCUGCGGCAAGCCUACGAGCUGCUGCAGCGAGCCACCAAGCACCGCCUGCAGCUGGACGAGGUAUGCUACCGAGUGAUGAUGCAGCUCUGCGGCAUCCACUCCCUCCCCGUGUUGGCAGUCCAACUGCUGUUCCUCAUGAAGCGGGGGGGCUUACAGCCGAAUGCGCUGACUUACGGGUACUACAACCGCUGCGUGCUGGAGGCGCACUGGCCUAAGGACAUGCCUAGUGGUUCCCGUCUGCUGUGGAACAAGCUCCGCAUCGCCGUGAUGGGCGCCGCUCUGUUCAGAAAAGCUGGCGCUCAGAGAGCAAGGCGGGAGGGUAACAGCUUGACCGUCGCUUCCGCUGGAGGUACAUUACCGCGCGUGCGGUCGGCGGCGGCGGUGGGUGAUGGCUCAGACUUGGCCAGUCUCGCCGGCCUGGCCGCGUCUGAGCCGGCGGCCAGUCGCACUAGCCUGGACUCUGGCAACUGGGCAGAGCACGAGGCCAACUCCAACGCUUUCGACGUGUUCUGUCGCCGCGACGGCAACAUCGUGCGGCGCACGGACGCACGGCCCAGCGCGCCGCGCCUCGCCACCGCCGCCGGGAUACUCAUAUCCGGUUUACCUUCAAAUCCCGACUUAUGUGAAGCGACGAGAAGUAGAAGUGAUUCUAUAGUCACAGAAGAGUCUGUCUCCACCUUAGCACCCAUCGUAGAAAAGAGACAAACAAUCCACGUCAGCCCGGACAGUCCGUCGGAUCUCAGAAUACUGACGCGGUCGGAGAGUUUUGCCGGCGACGCGCAAAUUGUACAAAACUUACAGAGGCUUUCUUUUGGAAGUACGACAAAAUCCCGAUGUUCAAGGACAUUGAGUUUCCCUGAAGAUCAGGAGAAAGAAGUUGAACUUUCAGCUGCAGACCAAGAUGACGAAGCUAAAGGAUCUCCUCUGAAAAUCUCCCCGCGCACGCCAGUCCUCUCCGACGACCCGCUGGGCGCGCUGCGCUCCGCCUCGCCCCCCGCCGCCGCCGCCCCCGCGCCCGCCCCGCCCUCGCCCAAGAAACACACCUAUAGUGUGAGCCCCAAGUUGUUCCAUCGGAGAUCGAGUUUCGAUGAUGGGCCGGCCGAGACGGAAGGAAGCGAGACGGUGCCGGCAGGGACUGUGGGCUCCAGUCUGGCUGGGUGGGGAAGCACCUUCAAGAGUUUGAGCUUUGGACGCUACUCGCCCGCACGGCUGUCCUUGCGCAAGGAAAACAUGAAACUCGGCAAACAAAUGAUCGAGACCUAUUUCAGCCCAACAAGUAUAGCAGGCAAGAAAUCCAACGAGCUCUUCCAAAGCGGUCUAUCGAGUCUCAAAUCAGCCGCCAACACUAUGGCCAAGAAGUUUGACGACAUCAAAGAGGUUAUAUCUGCCAACUCCACGCCGGUUAAGGGGGCGAUAGGCAACGCCACUAGCGCUAUAAGCAGUUUCAUGACGGAAGACGAUUCUACUGACGCUUCGUCUGAUGUUCCUGACGAAUGGGCGCCGGGCAUGGGCGGGCGGCGCGCGUCGAGCGAAGCUGAGCUAGUGACGACAGUUGAACGAGGCUCGCUGUCCACGCUACUGUCUCAUCUACCAGACAACUUGUACCCGCUGCAGACGGAAACCAUCGACAAAGACGUAGAAGUCCUAGUCUACAUAUCCUCCUGCUCGCAAUGCCACCAGUGCCUGGCUCUACUAUACGACGAAGACAUAAUGGCGGGCUGGGCGGCCGACGACUCCAAUCUGAAUACUAGAUGUACGGCGUGUGGACAGCUGACUGUGCCUGCGUUGAGUGUGCAGAUACGGAGAAGGGGAAAGCCCCAAGCAGAGACUUUGACUGUGCCUUAUUUAAACCCAUUGGUGCUUAGAAAAGAGUUUGAAUCUAUAUUAGGUAGAGAAGGCGACUCGUGCCUGUGCGAGCGCGGCUUCGUGGAGUCGCACCCCAUCGUGUACUGGAACCUGGUGUGGUUCCUGGAGCGGGGCAACAUCGGCAGCCACCUGCCGGGACUGCUGUGUGACGAGUUCAAACCCGAUCAAGAGAAACAAGAGCGCGGCCUCGUGGAGUCGCACCCCAUCGUGUACUGGAACCUGGUGUGGUUCCUGGAGCGAGGCAACAUCGGCAGCCACCUGCCGGGACUGCUCUGUGAGGAGUUCAAACCUGAUCAAGAGAAACAAGAGCGCGGCCUCUUGGAGUCUCACCCCAUCGUGUACUGGAACCUGGUGUGGUUCCUGGAGCGGGGCAACAUCGGCAGCCACCUGCCGGGACUGCUGUGUGAGGAGUUCAGACCCGAUCAAGAGAAACAAGACUGCCAGGUGGUGUGCUCGUGGGACUGGAGCCGGCUGCACGCGGAGGCCGGGCCGGCGCUCUACACCGUCUGGCGCGAGUGGAGGCGCGACCACACGCGCUCGCGAGCACUGCGCGCACUGCUGCUCACCGAGCAGGGCGCUCGCGCCUCGCACUCCGUGGUGCAAGCAGUACUGGACGGGCUCCGCGGCAACAACCUGGCGGAGGCGCUGCGCAAGCUGGCCGCGUGGCGCGAGACCACGUCCGACAACAUGCGCUACCACUCCUACUACAGGGACAUACUAUUCCUGGCAUUAGCAGCCCUCGGUGAAGCAAACAUAGACCUUAUGAACCUUCAAAGAGAGUACACUCGAGCGCUAGAACAGUUUGGCGGCGAGAUCCGACCGCAGGACCGCCCGCCCUCCGCCGCCGCCGUCUGUUGCCGACAUUACUUCAAGCGACUCAGACUCAUUGUCGACGACUGAUGCAGCAACCCACUUAUGACGUAAGACUAAGGUCCAAAUCGCAAUAAGGCUUGUUAGAUGCACUGCCCGUCAAAGCAAUAUUGGUGUUACACGUUUUCGUUCCGUCUUUUGUCACAAUCGAUUUAUAGGACUCGAAAUUUAAAAAGCGAGGUAGGUAGGUUAUUUUUGGUUGUUGUGAAUUUUCUAGAUCAGUUGUGUUAUGAGUUAUGUUGACGAUGCCAAUUGGUUGAAAAUAUUGGUUGUUUAUUGUUGUUAAAUAUAUAUUACUUAAAUUGACCUAAGUAAUAGUACAUUAGAGUUUCAGUGUAUUUUUAAAAAUGUAUCUAUUAAAUUCAAGUAAAAACCUAUACAUACACUGUAUAUCUAACAAAAAUCGAAUUGUAAGUUGAUAUAGGCGACCAUUUACCAGCAAUGAACGUCCCAACAUACAGGUCAGUGAUUUUUAACAAAAAUAUUUAUAAAACUGUCCAUUUACGCUUGAUAUUCAUAAGCGAUUCCAAUCCAUAAUCUGAACUCUGAACCCUCUGAAUUAGAAUUUCGGAUUGAGAUAUUUAACACAUUUCCAGAUUAGAAAUGUGCCCCCGUCCAAUAUUAAUUGGGAUCAAAAAUGCAAAAAAAUAUGCAAUAUAUGGAAACUAAUUCAUCUGAAAGUUACAAGUUUAGAACUUUGUACAAAAGCAACGCCGUUGCAUACAUUCACUUUUUCAUAAAUUAUUUAUUCACUGUGAACAUUGAUAAGAGCUUGAACUACUCAUAAAAGCAAGGCCUACAUAAAAACCCUUACUAAAAUUGUAUUUAAGUUUGUAAGUAAUAAAUACAUUUCGGCAUAUCUAUUAAUUUAAGAGCGGGUGCUAAGAGCUAUGGAUUGUCCCCAAAUUGUACGAUGUAGGACUGUAGUUAUAUGUUUAUGAGAGUCGGUGAUCAAAACGAAAAUAAAAUUAUUCUUGGCAGAACUAAAGCAGAUAGUUAAAACAACUGUACAUUCAAUAUUGUUGUAUAUUAAACUUAUAUUAGUAAGUAAGGCUGUGUAAUGGCGGAUAAACACAGUGUUUUAGAUUGUUGUGUGAUGCGAUACAUAGUAUAAUUAUAUUAUUAUGGUUUUAAUUCGUAAACGAAUGUAUAACCAGCCGUAAGUUUGUAAGUAUAUAGGUAUUGUGUAAUAUUCCGUGUGUUCAGAGUCACAUUAUUUGCAUGUCUUCAGAAUCAAGUCAUAUCUAAACAACACUGUUUUAUAUGUUACUACUUACACUACUCAUACAGCUUAGAACAUUUAUGACCAAUAAUUCGGUCACUGUGUAAUAGUUAUACAACUUUUAAAGCUGAGCAAGCAGAAACCGAUUUCAAUUUAUUUGAACUAUUACAUGUAAAUUAUAUCAUAUAAACAUAACCAUACAUUGGACAUAUAGUGAUUUCCAUAGGAAAGCAAUUAGAAAUAAUUUAUUCAAAGAAUAUAAGGUUAUAAGACAAGAAGUAAGUAAUGUGACUGCCAAAAUUUCUAAGUAUUCAUAGUUGUACUGUAUUAUAUUAUGAUGAAAUCAUAUACUUUUCAUUAUUCUGUAAUCCGGUUGGGUUUUAAGAAAGGAAAGAAGUACUAUUAUGUUCUUGGUUAUGGCAUAUUAUAUCUUAUACACUAUAUGCAAUAAAAUAGAACGAAUCAUUAUGAUGAAUUGAGUUAUUUAUAUAUUUUGAAUAAAUGUUUAAC